CAGCAAAACAGCAAGAAGUGGGAGUGAACUUGACGACUGCGGUCAUAUUUUAGAGAAACAUUCGAAUAUUUCUUCUGCUUCUGGUUCCACUUUCGCUACGACCGAGAGAUCUCUCCGGUGGUAUGUCCCAUCCCGGCCCUUCUCCAGGUGCGGGCCUUUCACCGGGUCCCAUCCUGGGCCCCAGCCCUGGACCGGACCCGUCACCCAGCUCUGUCCACAGCAUGAUGGGACCCAGCUCUGGGCCAGGAACACCGAAUGCACCCCACGGCAUGCAGGGACCGGCGCAGGGUGACUUCUCGCAGGACGUCAUGUAUUCAAUGCACAAACCUAUGGAGGGAAUGAACGACAAAACCAUGGCAGACGCCAUGCACUUUGGUCACAUCAAAGGUGUGAGCAUGAGGUCCCUUCACAGUGGCAUGGGCCCUCCACAAAGCCCCAUGGAUCAGCAUAGCCAGGGCUACAUGUCCCCACAUCCCUCCCCGAUGGGUGGACACGAGCACGCGUCCAGCCCCAUGUCGGGGGGCGGGGGACCCACACCUCCCCACAUGCCGUCCUCUCAGCCUGGCCCCAUGAUGCCAAUGGACCCCCAAGGAGGGGGGGUCGGUGGCGGAGUACCCAACAUGUCUGGCAUGAGUCAGCAAGGCCGUGGGCCGUCGGCGUUCAGUCAAGCCCAGCUGCAGCAGCUCCGUGCUCAGAUCCUGGCCUACAAGGUCUUGGGCCGAGGGCAGCCGCUACCUGAGAACCUCCAACUGGCCGUGCAGGGCAAGAGGAGCCUACCCACAAUGCAGCAGCAGCAGCAACAACAACAGGUGGUGAGCGGGAGUCCUUACAACAGGCCACAAGGCAUGACCAUGGCCCCUAUGGGCGCAGCCCAGUCCAGCCCCUGUCCUACUCCAGCCAUGCAAAGUAACAAUCAAGGCGCAGCACCCAAACCUUGGCCUGAAGGCCAAGUCAGCGACAAUCCAGCCGGCGCCCCCAAACUCUUGGCCCCCGUCAGCGGCGGUCGUCCAUCGCCGGCGCCCCCUCAGCCUGUUGCCGUGCCAGCUGGGCCCCUGCCUGGCGGCUCGGUUGCCACUCCGCCCGGCCAGCAGGUGUCUCCCAUGCUACAGAUGCAGAAGCAGAAUCGCGUAACACCCAUCCAGAAGCCCCAAGGUCUGGACCCAGUGGGCAUACUACAAGAGAGAGAAUACCGACUGCAGGCUCGGAUCGCGCACCGCAUUCAAGAGCUGGAGAGUCUGCCUGGUUCCCUGCCGCCGGAUUUGAGGACCAAGGCCACGGUGGAACUCAAGGCGCUUCGACUUCUCAAUUUCCAGCGACAGCUGAGGCAAGACGUGGUGGCUUGCAUGCGACGGGACACCACCCUGGAGACAGCCCUCAACUCCAAGGCGUACCGCCGCAGCAAGCGGCAGACGUUGCGGGAGGCACGUAUGACCGAGAAGCUGGAGAAGCAGCAGAAGCUGGAGCAGGAGAAGAAGCGCCGGCAGAAGCACCAGGAGUACCUGAAUAGUAUUCUCCAGCACGCCAAAGACUUCAAGGAGUACCACCGCUCCGUGUCGGGCAAAAUGCAGAAGCUUACACGAGCCAUCGCCACCUGGCAUACUAACACGGAGCGGGAGCAAAAGAAAGAGACGGAAAGGAUUGAGAAGGAGAGAAUGAGAAGACUUAUGGCGGAGGACGAGGAGGGCUACCGCAAACUGAUCGACCAGAAAAAGGACAAGCGUCUGGCCUACUUGCUGCAGCAGACGGACGAGUACGUGGCUAAUCUCACGACCCUGGUCUAUGAGCACAAAGCCGCGCAGGCUGCUAAGGAGAAGAAGCGCAGGAAGAAGAAGAAGAAGGCCAGGGUGGACGGAGAUGGUGGCGAAGGCACAAGUGCUAUUGGACCGGAUGGAGAGCCCAUGGAUGAAAGUAGCCAGAUGAGCGAGCUGCCAGUCAAAGUCAUUCAGACAGAAACUGGCAAAGUUUUGCAAGGUACAGACGCACCCAAAUCCAGCCAGUUGGAGGCCUGGCUAGAGAUGAAUCCUGGGUAUGAAGUAGCGCCGAGGUCGGACAGCGAGGAGAGCGGCUCUGAAUUUGAGGAGGAGGAGGAAGAGGAGGCAGCAAAGGGUGAAAGUGACAAGACAAUCGGAGAUCCCAUUGGAGAGGCCAAGCACAUUAUCGAGUCGGCCAAGCAGGAUGUGGACGACGAGUACAGUGUGCCGACGGAUGAGGCCAGCCUCCAGUCCUACUAUGGUGUGGCCCACGCUGUCAUCGAGCGGGUGGAAAAGCAGUCGUCCCUUCUCGUCAACGGCUCACUCAAACACUACCAGAUUCAGGGAUUGGAGUGGAUGGUGUCAUUGUACAACAACAAUUUAAAUGGCAUCCUCGCCGACGAAAUGGGCCUGGGCAAAACCAUUCAAACCAUUGCCCUCAUCACCUACUUGAUGGAACACAAAAGGCUCAACGGACCCUAUCUCAUCAUUGUGCCGCUCUCGACUUUAUCCAACUGGAUUUAUGAGCUUGACAAGUGGGCACCAUCUGUGGUGAAAAUUGCUUACAAGGGGACGCCAGGCCUGCGCCGGGGAUUAGUGCCGCAGUUGCGGAGUGGCAAGUUCAAUGCCUUGCUGACCACAUACGAAUACAUCAUUAAGGACAAACACAUACUGGCCAAGAUCCGUUGGAAGUACAUGAUCGUGGACGAGGGCCACCGCAUGAAGAACCACCACUGCAAGUUGACGCAGGUGCUGAACACGCACUAUGUGGCGCCACGGCGCCUGCUGCUGACUGGCACGCCACUGCAGAACAAGCUGCCCGAGCUGUGGGCCCUACUUAACUUCCUACUGCCCACCAUCUUCAAGAGCUGUAGCACCUUUGAGCAGUGGUUCAACGCGCCCUUUGCAAUGACGGGCGAGAGGGUGGACCUGAACGAGGAGGAGACCAUCUUGAUUAUUCGUCGUCUACACAAGGUGCUCCGACCUUUCUUGCUGCGCCGCCUGAAGAAGGAGGUGGAGUCUCAGCUGCCUGAGAAGGUGGAGUAUGUUAUAAAAUGCGACAUGUCAGCCAUACAGAAGGUUUUAUACCGGCAUAUGCAGAAGGGAAUCCUCCUCACUGACGGCUCAGAGAAAGACAAGAAGGGCAAAGGUGGCGCCAAAACCUUGAUGAACACCAUCAUGCAGUUGAAAAAGAUCUGCAACCACCCAUACAUGUUCCAACACAUCGAGGAAUCAUUUGCAGAGCAUUUGGGCUACCCGAACGGCAUCAUCACUGGGCCUGACCUGUACCGAGCCUCCGGGAAGUUCGAGCUCCUGGAUCGCAUCCUGCCCAAGCUGCAGGCCACCAACCACCGGGUGCUUCUUUUCUGCCAGAUGACCUCGCUCAUGACCAUCAUGGAAGACUACUUCAGUUACCGCAACUUCCAGUAUUUGCGUCUAGAUGGGACCACCAAGUCGGAUGACCGAGCUUUGCUGCUCAAGAAGUUCAAUGAGGCAGGAUCACAGUACUUUAUCUUCCUUCUAAGCACCAGGGCCGGUGGCCUCGGUCUCAACCUGCAGGCCGCCGACACGGUCAUUAUCUUUGACAGCGAUUGGAACCCGCAUCAGGACCUGCAAGCACAGGAUCGCGCGCAUCGCAUCGGGCAGCAGAACGAAGUGCGUGUGCUGCGCCUGUGCACCGUCAACAGCGUGGAGGAGAAGAUCCUGGCAGCCGCCAAGUACAAGCUCAACGUGGACCAGAAGGUCAUCCAGGCCGGGAUGUUCGACCAAAAAUCCUCCAGCCACGAGCGACGCGUCUUCCUGCAGGCCAUCCUCGAGCACGAGGAGCAGAACGAGGAAGAAAACGAGGUACCAGACGACGAAACCCUGAACCAGAUGAUCGCCCGCAACGAAGAUGAAUUCGAGAUGUACAUGCGCUUCGACAUGGAUCGGCGCCGAGAGGACGCCCGCAACCCAAAGCGCAAGCCGCGCCUGAUGGAGGAGGACGAGCUGCCCUCCUGGAUCAUCAAGGAUGACGCCGAGGUGGAGCGCCUGACAUACGAGGAAGAAGAGGAGAAGAUGUUCGGUCGAGGCUCCCGUUGCCGUCGUGACGUGGACUACAGCGAUGCAUUGACCGAGAAACAGUGGCUGCGGGCCAUCGAGGACGGCAACCUGGAGGAGAUGGAGGAGGAGAUCCGCCUGAAAAAGCGCAAACGCAAGCGGCGACAAGACAAGGAACCGGCAAGCCGUGAGGAAUGGGGUGCCAAAGCCAAGAAGAGGCGAGGGCGCCCGCCAGCCGAGAAACUCUCGCCCAACCCUCCCAAACUCACCAAACAGAUGAACACCAUCAUCGACACUGUCAUCAACUACAAAGACGGUGCUGGCAGACAGCUGAGCGAGGUCUUUGUCCAGCUGCCGUCCAAAAAGGAGCUUCCAGAAUAUUACGAGCUGAUCCGAAAACCCGUUGACUUUAAGAAAAUCAAGGAUCGCGUCAGGAGCCAUAAAUACCGCAGCGUGGGCGACCUGGAGAAGGACGUGAUGCAACUCUGUCACAAUGCGCAGACCUUCAACUUGGAGGGAUCUCAGAUAUACGAGGACUCCAUCGUGCUACAGUCGGUGUUCAAGAGCGCCCGGCAGAAGAUCGCCAAGGACGAGGAGAGCGAGGAUGACAGCGAAGAGGACGAUGAAGAAGAUGAGGAGGAAGAAUCAGACGCUGAGGCCAAGUCUGUGUGGGUGAAGAUCAAACUGAACAAGGAGGCCCGCGGUAGCACAGAGCGGGGCAAGAAGAGGCAGAGCAGAGCCAAGGCCAAACCCGUGGUUAGCGACGACGAAAGUGACGACGACCAGGACUGCAAUGAGCAAUCUGACAUCAGCGAUGACGAGUGAGCUUAAGUCAACUCCGGGAAGCUUCAACUUCAAGCAGCUCCUCUCUUCUCCUUGUCCAGGUUCUUAUUUUUUUCUCAUUCGGACCUGUCGGUUCACACAGUCACCCCCUUUCCUCGCAAUUGAUCUGUUCCAGACAAGUAUAUACAGUAGCAAUAUAUGAAAUUUCUUUUCUUUCAAGAUGAUUGUUUUCCUCACAUCACGCAUGUACUCGCUUUUGCCUGUCUUAUGUAAUGCUUACGCUUGCACUUUUUCAGAAAAUCACUUACGCGCAGAUGUUAUUUUGUACAUCCGGAACAGGGGUGUCUAAAAUCCGCAGUACGUCCAGAUAGGAGAGUGUAGAAUUGGGCUGUUUUAAAUGAUUUAAUAGAAUGGAGGGGCCACCCCAAAAUCAAACAACUAACCGUGUAAAGCCGUAUUUUUGCUGAAAGCUUAAAUACAUGCUGUUUAGGGGUGUAACUGUACACACGAGUCAUGGUUCGGUACAACAGGAAAAACAAAAUGGCUGUUGCUAUCACAGCAUUUGAAAGUUAAAGUUUGUUCUAUUGUUUAAAACUAACUAUUGGUAAAGUGCUAAACAAAUAGAAGAAAGCAUCAAACAUUGUGAAUUUGUGCUUUUAUUGUUCUAACAUUCUUUAAUUCUUAGUUCAUGUGCAAAAAUAGACAACACACCCUUUUUUGUAGGGAUCGACCGAGGUAAGUUAAGUCAGGUAGCACUCGCCAGCUGGCAACCUUGUUCACUUUUUAAUAAAAAUAGAAUACUACCAUUUUCAAGGUUGGAUUACACACAGUUAAUUUUAAACAAUUACCAGUGAACAUACACUCCCACAUAAGAUAUGUUUUAUAAUGGCUUAAAUAAAAUAAAAAAGGAAUGAAUGAAAAGCAUCUCUUGAAAUAGUGCAAAAAUAAAUACUCACUUAGUGUUUCAAUGACUUCAGGCUAGGGGUAGAGCAAUAAAUGGAUUUCCUGAUUUUAAAAUAUAAAAAAAAUACUCUUCAAAAAGUGUUAGUUAUCCUGCAUUUCAUAUUUCCCGCUCUGUCAAUUUGCCACAACUUUCCUAGUAGUGAUCCAUGAUAACUUUUUGGUUUGUCUUCUUUUUUCCGUAAUGUCGGUUGAUCAUUUAGCUGCAGUACCUCUACCGCCCCCUGGAUUGGAGGAGGACUAACUGCGACAUGGAUUUUUUUGGGUUUUUUUUCCCCACACAAACGUAUUCGCCGCCUGACUCCAUGCACCGAACCGUGAUGCAUGUACCCUGACGGAACGGGACGAAAGAAAUACGGUUACACACUUGAUUCUAUUUUAACUCAUUGACAUCAAUAGUGAUAUACUCAUUUCAAUUCACGGCAGAAAAACACCUUUCAUCGUCCAUACCAAAAUGGCGUCAGGGCGGCCAUUUCAGUAGGGGCAAGGUUCUCAUCAAUGCCAAUGCAUUGUCAAUAAAUUUAGAUCAUAAUUAGCUCAUUUCUCAACUGUUUUUAAAAAGUUUUAUCAUUGUCAAAGCAACUGUUAUUUACUUAGUGUCUGACAGCUCGUUGCCAUCCCUCCAACUUCAAACGAAUAGGACGUCUACUAGAGAUACUCUUAGUUUGUGGGAGGGUGGAUCUUGGCCAGAGGAAGUUUUAAAUUUUUAACUCAUUAGCAGUCAUUGACUGCACUAGAUGUCCAAUCCAUGUGAAGUGGGAGGGUAGCAGCAAAUGAACUUCAAAUUGAUUGGACAUCUAUUAAAGAUAAUUUAGAGACAAACUAAUCCAUGAAAAGAGCCACGUGCGGCUCUUAAAAUUUCAAUUUUAAUCCAUUUUUUAAAUAUUGAAAUUAAUAAAUGCAACAUUUAUAUAUUUGAGGGAUUUUAAAAGUUUGGACACCCCUGAUCUAGGAUUGCACUAGUAUUACAUUUUGUUAAAUGUCCUACUUCUUGUUGAGUUGGUAAACUAAAUGUUUUUAAAAGGAAAAAAAAACAGUAUUAUCACUUUUGUAUGAUAUAUUGAAUCAGUAUUUUGGAUUUGAGGAGUUAUUUGAUUUCAUUCACA